AUGGAAGCUGACGACACCCGAGGACCUCCGGAAAAUGGUGGGGGGAAGAACACGAUACUGAAUCGCCUGCAUCAAGUGCUGGCACGCGUCGGAGUUCGGAGCGGGCCCAAGGACGAGAGUCCGACGAACUCACCGAGUCACAGUUCCUUGUCCCGCUCGACGAGCGACGAGAUCAGCCAGCCUAGCCUUCACCAGCACGAGUCGCUAGAGGUGGCGGACGGGAGGGUCUACCAGCAUGCGCUGUCGCAACUGAACUCCUCUCAACCCCUGGAGAGACGGCUGGAAGUUCUGGACGAGCUGAGUGAGCUGGUGAGACAGUAUAAGUUCGAGGAUCCUAGGGAGAUUUGGCUGAACCUCAAGGACCUGAUAGAGUCGUCUCGUCCCUAUCACUCCAAGGAGAAGGUGAUCAACUUCAUUGGAGCGCUGUGCUCCGGCGACCCCAAGAAUCCUGGGUGCAACUUCAACCGCCUUGGGGUCUUGAGAUGUCAUUUCUUUGCUAUCGCACAGAAUCAAGGGAGCAAUCUGGGGAGGAAGCUGCAGCUGCAGCUUCUCUCGCACGUCACGAAAGGCGGGCAGAAUGCGUCGCCCUUUGAGAGGGAGACUUGCGACUUGUUGAUUGAGUGGUUGGAGGGCAUCGCCACCGUUCAGAGCGACGAGGUGGACCACAAGUUUGGCUGCAAGCUCCUGAUCUACUCCGCGACCUUUGUUAAGUACAACCCCGUCACUCUGUUGGAUGACCAGUCGACGCGACUGCUGCAGGCCGUUUGCUCAGUUUGCGAGUCCAACUGCCAGGAUUCCACUUCCAAAGAGGAGAAUCAGGUUGCUCGGCAAGCAAACAGGAUGCAGAAGCAGGAUGAGGUGGUUGGCUGCUCCUCUACAGGCCUGAAAUCCGAGGUCUGCUACGAGCUCAUCAAAUCCUGCCUGGCAUUCUUCGACGUCGUCGCUCGCUACACGAUGCCGCAGGAGAAUUCGGUGCGAACUCUCACAGAGACUCUUUGCAGGGCGGUGAACGAGGCAAAAGUGAGCAAGGACUCGUGGCUGGUGAUGCGGAGUGUCUUGAUGGGAGCAUAUUGCAGUGUGGCCUUCAACCGCCUGCUCGACAUUCUGCAGGAGCCCCCCCGCUCGAAAUCAAUCUUGCCAGCCACGAGUGUCUUGCACAAGGUGGCAGAGAGUGACUUUGAUCCUGAGAGGCACACAAACAAGACAAGAGGUGCCAUCUACCUUGUCAGCAUGGCGGCCUGGGGGUCGUCGAAGGUCGAGUCGCUCAGCAUGCUGUACUCACGACAGAGCAUCUUGGAAGCGUUGCUGGCGUCCGUGGAAGCGAACCAGGAGCCGAUCAUCGCGCAUGAAAUCCUCCUUUCAGUGGAUCGACUGCUCAAGACUUCGGGGAACACCCUCCGGUUCGAAUGGACCGUCAUCAUCACCAUGCUGCAGAGAAUCGCUGCUGUCAUGAACUUCUCCAUCGGCCCUUCCGCCUCCUUCGUCAGCCAGAGCCCAAAAGCACGGAUGGUGCAGGCCAUAGAUGCGUCUGAGACUCAGCAUGAACCUCAGGUGAAAACUGUCCUGCUUAUUCCCUUCCCGCACCGCACUGAUCAAGGACUGCAGAGGUUUGGGACUAAUUAUUCCAGGAGCCUGGAUCAAGACAGUUUCAUGGCCUUGUCACGGGCAGCCAUGAUGUCAUCCUCGCAGAAGAACCUGCUCGUCUCCUCAGAGAGUUCUUUGACCAGCAGUCGGGCGAAUCCAAGGGCCCAAGACGCCGCCAUGAAUCUGAAGACUUGUUCUGUGGAGCUCGAGGACCUGAAGCGAGUGUUAGCGACAAUGAAAGCAAUGCACGACAGCGACAUGUUUCAAGGGCUCGAGGCUGAUUUCUAUGGUUUGAUUCGGAUGGUGGUGGCGCAUGUGCCGGAGCAGCUGGCCCUGGAGUGUUUCGAACAUCACAUAGAUCUGAUAUACCCCGCGCAUCCUCUCUGGCUGCAAACUCUGUCUGAGGUCAUGUUCUCAUUCUACAAGACCUGCACGUUCCCUGAAGUGAGAGUGCGCGCCCUGCAAUCCCUCCAGCUGUUGCUGGAAGACUACAAGAGCAUGUACGAGCAGGAGAUCACAGAUGUAGCCGUUGUUCCCUUCCUCGGGGACAUCGCCACGGAAAAGAACGCCAAGGUGUGGAAGCAGGGCCUUGAACUUCUCAUCUACCUGGCAAAGCACAUGAAAUGCGACAGAUUCGAGGUCAUCCUUCAGAUCCUGCAUGACGCGGCCAAGGUGGAAGGGAACGAGGAUCUCCGGCUGGCAGCAGUGCAGGCGCUGAUGAGACUCCUCCCAGCUGCAGUCAAGCACCUUCCCACCUCGAGGUUCACGGCCCUCUGGGACAAGUUGCUGGGGCUUGCAGAUCAGCCUGUUAGCCCCAACCGCCUCAAGAGCGCUGCUGCUGACCCUGUCAAGUGCGAGAUCCUCUCGUUGCUCACGUGCAUGCAGAGCACCUCAAACUACCGACCGAAGCUUGAGAUCCCCGGGGAGGAGGCAUCGGUUUGCCCUUGCUCGCUUGCGCAGACGAGCAGCAAGCAGUCUAGCUCAAACUUCAGACAUGGUGGAGGCAGCGAAGAAACGGCGAGGCUGAUGAUCGACACAGAAACCGAGAAGCUGUCCGACAACGUCCCGUCUGGGAGUCUGGGAGACAGAAAUGUCAGCAACCAGAGCAGUCAGAGCGCGAGCGUGCGCUGCCACCUUGAUGUCCAGCAUUUGUUCGAUACUCUCUUGACGUCCAUCACAAGCGACAGAGUCAGCCAGCAGGAGUUCACCGUAUGCACUGCAGGAUUGAUCCGCUGCCUUCAGAACCAUUUCAUCUUCGAUGGGCAGGACAUCUUGCCCCUCUACCACCUGCUCCUUGAGCGUCUCCCCAGUCUGUCGUGGGGGCCAACAGGCAACAAUCAAUCUUCCAACAUGAAAGACUUGGACGUGCAAAGCCAAGGAGAGAGUCAAAACAGGAACAAGAACUACAAGGCAGGAUAUCACCUGCUGGGACUGCUGUUGGGAGGAUGGAACAAUCAACUCGCAACCAAACAUGUUCGGAGUGGAAUACAUGCUCUGACCUAUGGCUUAUAUUCCGCGCACAACUCACAGCCUGGAAGGAAUCUGAAUGACUCUCAGAAUCCCAGCCCUGCCGCAUCGCAGCCUCCCGACCCUGGCGAAUUCUUUCAGCGCAUCAAAUGCAACGGGGAGGUGACUCUGACGUGUUUGGACUACCUCUCCAUCUUCUGCGUCAUAUACCCCGAUCUCAUCCUCGAGCACCUGCCGGCCAUGCUGACAAUGGCAAAGUUGCUCGCCGACCGGCCCAACGAGACCACUCUCAUCAUCCACUGCCUGGAGUACAUGAAGUUCGUCGCUGUCAAGAUUCCCGGCAUGACAACCCCGAUGCCUCAUAACAUGUUCAGGCAGGGCCUCGAUGUCAUGAUCGUCUUCAUCAACAAGAACCGUUGGGGAGGUCUGAUAGCCAACCUGGCUGGCCGCGCGCUCUCGCUCUGGUGGAUCCAUACUCCUGUCAUGCUGCGAGCGGAGUUCAUCCGAUCGGUCGCACAGCCGAUGCUGCUGGACAGCGCGCACAAGGAAGACUCGAUGAGUGCGAUCAUGCUGGACUUUUUCCUGCUCAACGACGACUCGAGCAUGCGGAGCGUCGGCCUGCCCUACAACGACAACACGGAGGCCCUGUUCGACAGGGAGGGCGUGAAGAAGAAGACCUACGUGCUGAGAGACACAUGCUUCACCAUCCGGUCCACUCCCCUAGGCCUCAUCGACCUCAAGACGAGAAGGGCAACGGACAUGCGUCGCUGGGUCUUCUUCGCAGCUGUGGGAGGGAGUGGGAUGGGGAGCUCCCACUGCAAUCCCGUGGUCGCCAUCGACGGGCUCCUCCACCUGAUCUCUGCUACCCUGACUAUCCGGGACGUCUCGCACAUCGAAGUGCCUCAGGCUGAAGCAGAGGAAGAGGAGGGGCUGACGGGGAGGAGCGAGGAGGUUGAGGCUGCUGAGUCCAGGAAUGGAAGUGAAAUCCUGUCUUCAGCUACUCCGCAGCUCUCGGCUGCCGAUAAGAGGAGCAAGAGCCAGUCCCAGGAAUGCCAAGUCAGCCCUGGAGGGCAGAGGAAGGGUUCGUCCUCAAGCUCCGCUCUGCCAGCGGCACCUGUUCCAGCGGCUGACUGCGAAGCUCCAGAGCCGGACCUGAUCCUCAUGGAGUGGAGGAGAGGACCGUUGGGGGAAGGGAUCAAGGACAGCUCCCUGACUCCCUGCGAGCUGAAGCAGAGUGACGCUCUCAACCGGGCCAUCCGCCUCCUCGAUAACACCCCAGUCACCCUGACCCACAAGUUCGGCGUCAUUUACAUCGCCCAUGGCCAGCGGACAGAGGCCGAGUUCCUGGCAAACACGGGAGGGAGCGCGAGGUACGAAGCCUUCCUGCGCGGCCUGGGUCACUAUGCGUCUCUGGUGGACUGCAAUGAUGACGUGUUCACGGGGGGGCUGGACCGGAGCAUGCAGAAGCGAGACGGGGAGAUCGCGCUGUUCUGGCGGAACAGUCUGGUCCAGUGCGUCUUCUUCGUGGGUACCCUGAUGCCCAACGAGGCGGGGGCAGAGCAGGUGAACAAGAAGAGGUUCAUCGGCAACUCGCACGUCAAGGUCGUGUACACUGACUCGGACUACGGAUUCUCCCUGGACUCACUGUCCGGCCAGUUCAACCUCGUCGUCGUCCUCCUCGUCCCCCUUGCCGACGGCUUCUUCCGCGUGUCUGUCCUGCGAGCGCCCUCGGUCCCUCUCAUCGGCCCCGGGCUUGACUCCUUCCUAGUACCCGAAGAGUCUCUUCCCAUGAUCGUCCGCCGGCUGCUGAUAGAUGCGGACAUUGCGGCUAUGAUCGCCUCUAACGGGGACGAGCAGUACUCGUCCAACUGGCAGGAACGGCUGAAACAGCUGAGGCUGAUGAAGCAGCGGCAUCAGAUGACGUGA